CUGUAUUCAUUUUAAGUGUUAUUAUAUGAAUAAGCUUUUUUAUUUUUUAGAGUUAUCAAACAUGUUGUAGAAAAGACAACUUGAAGUAUCAAUCCUAAAAAAAAAUCAUGGAUUCAAAAGACAAAGACUACAGGUUAAUUACUCUUAUUACUGACAUUUGCCCAAUACCUUUGAGGAAAUAUUUCCUUGACUUAGCGAAGUCUGAUACAAGUUCAUGUGUCCCUUUCACAACGCUUGACCAGUAUAUGGUAUACCGACAUAGAGAUGUUAAAACACUCUUGAACUUCAAAAAUCCUCAAAAAUCUAUACGGAGAGAUCAGUAUGAUUUGAUAUAUCCAAAGGCUGACGAGACGAAAUGGGACGUAACAUUACUAUCAGCUCUUUUGCUUGGACUUUUUGAGAAUCAGAUAAAUAACGGUGAAGAUAGGUUGAUUAAAGUAAUUCGUGAAAAACGCAACAAACUGCAGCACAAGCCGGGAAGCGUUAUCACAGAUGAUGCCGAAUUCGAUUCAGAUUGGAACGAUAUUGAAACUGCGACACAAACUUUAGCACGGAUAGUUGGUGGAACAACGUUUGAAAAUGAAGUAACAAAACAAAUUCAAGCAGUAAAGGUCAAUAAUCUUCCAAGUCUAGGCGAUACACUCAAAAGCUGGUAUGAAGAUAUCAUAAUUGAACUUAAGAACGAAAUCAAAGAACUCAAGGAAGAAACUGUAAAAGUUAAGAAAACAUCUAAAUCAGCUUUACGGAUUCUUCAAGGUGUUUCUCAGAAAAGACCCAUUUCGAAAGGGAGGAAAGCUAGAAAAUAUGUAAAAACUGUAGAUGUACACUUGAACAGAUUAAGAGAUUAUUUUAGACAAACUAUAGACAGGGAACUACCAAAAGAUUUUAAAUGUCAACCGGAAGAAGAACGUGAAAUAAUGCGUCACCUUCAGGAACACCACUUUGUAGUAGUUACUGGCUCCGAAAACACCAGUUACCUAGCUACAACUUUAUCGGCGAUAAAUGGGUCGGGAAAAUACUCUUUAGAUAGAUGCUUUGAAAUGAAAAUAGUUGAAGACUGGAAUAGAAUCGAUCCGUACGAAACAGAUCUUGUUCUAUUCUCCGAACCUUUCGCAGAGCAACAGAAUGAGCCUCGCUUACAACAAGUAUUCGAAAGCAUGCUAGAUGAUACAAGCAAGGAAUCUAGAAUUGAUGUUGUGAUAGUCUCCGAAAUCUCAAGGAUCAACCAUUGGAAGGAGAAUCAUGACAAUAAUGAGAUCUUCAAUAACGUUGUCAAGGUGUUUAUGCCGACUGAUGAAAACAACCCACUGAAUCUUGAAAAACGAAACACAGCAGAUAAGAGACAUGAUGUUGGUGGCUUUCUUGGAAAUAUGAUAGCACAAUCCGAAGUAUUCAUUCAAGACUGCAAAACAGACGCUUCUGGCCAUAACGAGCUUAUGAAACAAGCGAAGGAAAUGUUUACGAAACAUAAAGCGAUUGUUAUUACAGGAUCAAAGGGUGGUACAUCCACAAGAUUUGCAUUGAAAUUGGUUUCAAAACUGUACAGCAAAGAUGAAUGCGUUAUACUUACAGAGGCCAGUGACUGGAAACAAGUGAGACUUGGGAAAGUCAGUGUUAUUGUCAUUGACGAAUUUGCAGGCAAAUACAAGUAUAAUACUUCCUUUGUCGAGGCUUGGCUCAACAAAUUUGAUAUAAUCUAUGCAGCUGUAAUCAAAGGACUGCUGAAUGUGAUAGUUACCUGUGAAUCAAGUUUCUUCCAAAAGGUUAUAAAGAAUAUUUCCAGCCAUGCUCUACUGAAUCACAGAGUAAGGCUACCAGAUAAUGCUUUGGUCAAUGUUGUAAAAGAAGAGCCAGUAUCUCCCCAACCCGAGAACCCGAGCUCUUCAAAUACAGAUGAUUCAGCACAGGAACCAGAGCAAACACCAAGUACCGAUGAGGCAGUUAAACCAAAAUGUGCUGACUUUGUUAAGAUAGACAUUGACAAACGGUUUUACAAAGAGUUCUGUGAGGUAUCCGAUGGUACAAUUGUUUGUUCUUACCAAACUGAUCCAAAGACAGACAAGUGGUUCAUCGCAAUUUUUUCUCUUGAAUCUUUGAAGGCAGUGGAAUCCAAGGAACUUACAUAUGAACUGCUUGGCUUGUCUGCAGUUCAAGGUACCAAAGAGAUUAUCCUUUUAUACGUGAGGGAAAAAUAUUAUACAGUGCAGUCUGCAACUGUUGGCAAUUCUAGCAUAACGCUUGGGGAAAUUGAGAAAACACCUGUUUAUUGUGAUGCAACAAAAGUUAAAGUAGCCAAAAUAGUUCAAAGUGACCUUUAUAUUGUGUGUUGUAAAACACGAGUUGAAAUUUAUAAUUUGAAUUGGACAGAAAAGAAAACCAUUGAACAAUACGAAGAUGAGCCUCUAUUCUAUAACAAUUUUUCUAAUAGCACUUCAUCUACUAGCAAAAAAAAGAACAUAACUGACCUAACAGUAGGGCAUAAUGAGUUCUAUGUUAGCUCGUUAGAAAGGAUAAUAGUAUUUAAUCUGAAUGGAGUAGUCCUGAGACAAAUUAGUACAGAGUCCAUCAAAACAUGUAUGUUCAACAACCAAAUGCUUAUCACUUUGAAAGAAAACGGAAAAGUCAGCAUUUAUGAUCUUACCGACGACACAUAUGUAUGUAGUUUAAACACACCGUAUGAUGCCCUGCAUCGUAUGUAUUACGGGAAGAAGAACAAGCGUCUUUUCGUUGCAAAUUUCAACACCUGGUCGACGUGUGUCGUGAAAACUGAAUAAUACUAGAUGCAAUGAUGGGCAAAUCAGCAGUUGUUUAUGACAUUGUUUGCUUAAUUUAAUGCCAAGAGGUAUGUAAAUAUUUGACAAGUGUUGCUACUAGGACUGUGUGCACCAAUAUGUUCUGUUUAGGCUUGUAAUCUGUAAUAGAUAUACUUAUCCUUUACUAGUGUGUUACCAAUGUGUGGAAUUCUGUUAUAGAUCAUUUCAACAAACUUGGUAAUACUAAUACAACAACAGUUUUACUUUAUACAUAUAAGGGAACGCAUGCCCUCUUGGAUGAGGGCUAUAAAGUGAACAAUGUUUGACAGAUACACUAGACAAUGGCUCAUGCUAAAUAUUUUGAAGGUUUUUUUAAGAAGUAUUUCAUUCAUGUCAGAGGAAAAGCCAUGACUCCCGGGGCUAUGAUUCGAUCAAGUUUUGUAGAGUUUUUAUUAGAUAAUGCUACACACAAGGAAAUUUUUAUGCCUUCCAAUUUCAGAGACAAAGAUUCUUAAAGAUUUCAGUUUUAAAAUAUUUUUUAGCCCCUGUUACCACAAUCUUGAAUGGAGCAGAACCAUUUGAACAAUUUAAGUGAAGUUUUAUGCUACGAAUAUCACAGGAAAAUUUCAUCAAAUUUGACUUAGUUGUUUCAGAGUAGAAGUCGUUUGUAAACAUUUUAACGACGGUCGCACUGACGGACGAUGGACAAAUCAAUAUGGCAAAAGCUCUCUUUGAGCACUCUCUGUGCUCAUAUGAGCCUUAAAAAGAAGAACUUGUUUUAAAGUUUUGGUUCGGAUCCUGAAUCCAAUUGUCAAAUGCUGAACUUGUUGCAUUUUUAAGAUAUAUGUUAAUUGUACAU